UACUUCCGGGACGAGUGCUCAGGAGAAGAGGACGGACUGCGGCUCGGUGCCAGCACCAUGCGGGGCGCAGCGAGGAGGAGGAGCGCCGCCAUCUGAGGGCCAUGCGUCCCCAGGGGCUCUUCCUCUCGGUGCUGAUGUUCGGGGCGGCAGGGCUGCUCCUCUUCAUGUACCUGCAGGUCCGGAUCGAAGAGCAGCACUCAGGGAGAGUGGAGAAGAGAAGAGAACAAAAAGUCACAUCAGGAUGGGGGCCAGUAAAUGACUUGCAGCCCGUGCCCAGAGCCCUGACCGGAGGAGACGUCCGGGAGCACAUCACCGAGCAGAACCCCAAUUUCCACAUGCCUGAGGGUUCCAAGGAAAAAAAGGAAAAUCCUCUACUUAACCCUGAGAGGUUUAGUAGGGUCUUAAGGGAGACAAGUCCCUCACAAGGAGAAGGUCAACCUUCGGGCAAGACCACAGAGUCACCAACCCUUAAGUUGAUGGAAAAACAUCAAGGAACUAAGACCCUUUCCAAGACGUUCAGAGGAAUGAGUUGGCCACUGGACACUCGCCCUCUAAACAAAAGCUUAGUCAAGGACAACAAAUGGAGGGAGGCGGAUGCAACCCAAGAAAAACGCAGGUCUUUCCUGCAGGAGUUCUGCAAGAAAUAUGGUGGCGUGAGCCGUCCUCAGUCACAUCUCUUUCACAUGGUAUCCAGGAUCUAUGUGGAAGAUAAACACAAAGUCCUAUAUUGUGAAGUGCCAAAGGCUGGCUGCUCCAACUGGAAAAGAAUUCUGAUGGUACUAAAUGGAUUGGCUCCCUCGGCGUACAACAUCUCCCAUGAUGCCGUCCACUACGGGAAGCAUUUGAAAAAGCUGGACAGCUUUGACCUAAAAGGGAUACACACUCGUUUGAAUACCUACACCAAAGCGGUGUUUGUUCGUGACCCCAUGGAGAGGUUAGUGUCAGCCUUCAGGGACAAAUUUGAACACCCCAAUAGUUAUUACCACCCGGUAUUUGGGAAAGCGAUUAUAAAGAAAUACCGGCCAAAUGCCUGUGAAAAAGCCUUAAAUAAUGGCUCUGGAGUCAAAUUCAAGGAGUUCGUUCACUAUUUACUGGAUUCUCACCGUCCGGUAGGAAUGGACAUUCACUGGGAAAAGGUCAGCAAGCUCUGCUACCCGUGUCUGAUCAACUACGAUUUUGUUGGGAAAUUUGAAACUUUGGAAGAAGAUGCCAAUUACUUUCUACAGCUGAUCGGUGCCCCCAAAGAGCUGAAAUUCCCCAACUUCAAGGACAGGCACUCUUCCGAUGAAAGAACCAGCGCUCAGGUGGUGAGACAGUAUUUAAAGGAUCUGACCAGAACCGAGAGACAAUUAAUCUAUGACUUCUAUCACUUGGACUACUUGAUGUUUAAUUAUACCACUCCGUUUCUGUAGUUUGCAUUCAUGUUCUAAAACACUGUAUUUACUUCAUGAGGACGAUCUUGAAUCAGCUAACUGUAAUUUUCCUAUAAUUCUCCGUAGGGGAGAGAUUUAACUAAAUGCAGUUGCCUUGAUUUAAUGAAGACUUUUACCAAAUAGUAUGACACCAAUUGGCACAAAGUUAUAGGAAAAUUACCUCACAGAGACAUGUGAACAACUCGAGUUACUCUAAAAUGUUUGGGAAAGAGCUGCUUUUGCAUUAUGGAUCAGAUUAUAGAAGCAAUAACCCAGCCAGCUGCUCCAUCCGCUGCAGCAGACCCCACCACGACAGGAAGAGGGAUCUAAAAUAGCAUGAGUGGAUGUCUCCACCCUGGAUUGAUGGCAUUACGUGCAUGGAUAUGUUUCUAGCAGUCUGUGGCAUAUGAAUCAAACCCUGGCUAGUUUUCUUAUACCCUGGAAAUCUUUCAAUCAACUGCAAUGACGAAUUGAUUUUGAGAUGGCAUUUGGGGCCUGGGCGUUUCGCUUUAGAUUGGGAGGCAUUGUGUGAUUUACAAUAUGAGAAUGCAGCAGACACACCAGAUGAGGCUCUGGCUUUCUAUAUUCAACAGCCACUAAAAAAUGCACAACAUGCUCAGAUCAAAGCAACAAAAAAAACCUUCCUCUUCCAGGGAAACAGAAGGGAAUUAAUUCCGUUUUCUCUGGAGUCUCUACGCAGAGACGAAAUGAGCACAACCACUGGGGGCCCUUGCUUCUGAGGCAGGAGGUUGAGUUUAAGCCUCGGCAGAUAGAAAUGUGCUCCUA